AUGUCAAUUCUAAAUACGCUACAUCAAGGAAUGUUGGUACGGGCGAGUUUAACUCAUAAACUUGAUCCAGUGAGAGCCAUCACGUUUUCGCUUACACAUUGUUGUAAGGAAGGAAAUGCAACUGAAGAUGUUAGUUCAGCUGCAGAGACUCCUAAAGUUGUACCAAUUGUAUCAGUAGAAACUAGCAUCAAAUAUAUGAAUAGUGAUGCUUACAAACAAACUUAUGGAGAUGAUCCAGUAUGGAAAACGUAUAGAAGAAAUUUUAAAGGACAAUUUCCACCUAGGAAAACUCGAAAAACUUGUAUAAGAAACAACCAAAUUUCGACUGGAAGUCCAUGUCCCAUAUGUAGGGACGAAUAUCUCGUACUUGAUCAUAGAAACGUCAAGCUGCUUGAACAAUUCAUCAACAAACAUAACGGAAGCGUUUUGAGUUACUCGAAAACAAAUAUUUGCCAAAAGAGGCACAAACAACUCCUAGUUGCAUUAACUAGGGCCAAGGAUUACGGAACUGUUACAUUCGAUCUUCCUAUAAGACAAUACGAUUAUUCAGAGUGGCAUCCAUCAAAUAAUUAAUCUUUAAUUAUUUAUAUUA